UUAGUAAGGAAAAUCACUUUUAUAUGCAACCACACUGUUUGUAUUUUCAAUUUUCGUUUCAACAAGUUUUCGGCGCGGUUUUAUUUCUUUACAUAUCUGAACGUAAAUAUAAUGAAUAAUGAUUAUAUUUCUAAAAUACCACUUAUUGCGAACCAAGUACUGAAUCAUGUGGAGAGUCACGGAUCUAAUAAUCGUAAUAAUAUGUUUUUAACAAAGUUGUAGUUAUGGUUUACUGUGAUAGAAAGGAGUCCAGCCCAAAACCUUUUGUUUUUUUCCUCUUUAACACACAGUUAUAUAAUCAGUAAGGCUACAUAAUUUGAUAUAAUUUUUAUUUAAAGUUUCAGACGAAGAUUUAGCUCUACUGCAUUCUGUUUUUGGCCCAGUCUUACAAAGAGCUUGUGACAUCUUAGAGAAGCAGCAUACGCUCAUAGAGUACACCACAUCAAAUAAAGGCAGGACACUUAUUGAAAUUAAGGGAGAAAACAACCAUUGUUACAGGGUAUUUCCCAAAAUAAACUAUUGCCCUUGUCAAGCUUUUAAACACCAAGUUUUAGAGAAGAAAACUGACGUUUGUUGCAAACAUAUCUUAGCUGCCCGCCUGGCACAGAUAUUAAACAGAACAGUUUGUCACCAAGUUACACAUGACCAGUAUCUAAUGCUUGUUCAGUCUAUGUUCGAUUUAGAAGAAAAAAAUGGAUGACGGUCUCUCUGUUUAUUAUUUUACUGCUUCUAUGGACUCUGGCAGAACGCUUUGCAGUUUACUUAAGGCCAUACAGUUUCAGGAGUCGGCUGUAUUUUGCGCUUUACCAGAAGGCUUGAAACUGACAGUGGAGGAAGGAAAAUGUGUACAAGCUUCUGCAUAUGUACCUUCGGAUAACUUCACAGAGUACCAUGUCAGAGAAAAUGUGGAUGUCAUGUUCAAGAUAAGUAUUGCUGUGUUGGCUGAAUGCUUAAACAUAUUUGGAUCUGGUGAAGAGUCCAGCCUGAAGAUGUAUUAUAGGGCUGAAGGAUCUCCUUUGCUUUUAGUGUAUGUAUUAACUUUGUUAUUAUUUUCAUCAUAUUUUAUGUGUACUAGUAAGUUAUAGAGUUUUGCAUUUAUUUUUAUUGGAACCUCAUUUAAGACUACAUUUUAGGUAUAAACAACAUAGGUAUAGACACUAUACUCCAUGAAUUAUAUCAUUAGACAGAAGU